AUGGCCACUUUCUACUCUUCUUUCUUCUCCUCCGGCCUCCUCGCCCCCAUGCCCCACGAGAUUUCCGGCUCGUCCCCAACAACACCCCGCGCGUCGCAGUCUAACCUCCCAGGCGCACUCCAGGUCGACACCACGCCGACUGCCAAUGACUUUGCCCCUGCUCUGCGUUCCGCCAACGACAUCCUGCCUUCGCGCCCGCGCUCCGACUCCCAGGGCAGCUCCCGACCCAGCCUUCGCAGGCGCCGCUCAUCCAUCACCGUCGGCGCGUCGCCAGUGACCCCCAUGAAGAGCAACGCCGCCCCUCGUGGAGCGCGCAAUUCCUUCAUGGCUGCCCGUGCCCGCUCUGGGAGCGAGUCCCGUUCCCAGGAUAACACAGAAGGCACCACCGCCGCAGGGCGCAUGCGCAGCGGCAGUCUCGGUGGCCAGAUGAUUCGCAACGCCCGCCGCAUGUCCCGCAAGCCCGCGCCCCCGCUACCAGCGCCUGCGCCGACCGCGCCCCUCCCCGCGCCCCCGUCGCCCCUCACGCCGCGGUCCGCCGCGCUGCCCCUCCCGAUCCCUAUCAUCUCGACGACGCAACCGCCGUCCACGCCCCGGCGCCCGCUCGCGCGCCGCGCGCAGACCACAGACAACGCGUUGUUCCUCUCGCCGUACAUGACCCCCGCGGAGGAAGAGGCCGGCAUGAACUUCGGCUUGGGCGCAGGCGAUGCGGGUGUGCCGAGCAGCCCGGUGUAUAGCGAGCCGGCGGUGUGCGAGCGGCUAGGUAUGCAGGUCGACUAUCCGAGCCCAGUGGACGGACCCGGCUUCGUGUGGGAGAGGCCGGACGAGGCGAUGAAGGAGAACUGA